AUGCGCUCCGCCCCGCCAUCACGCGCUCUCGACCGGGACUUCAGCCUCAAGUACGCGCUGCGGCAGGAGGAGGUCGAUGUCACCGACUUCUCCGCGUACCUCGUCCGGGAGGAGCCGCGCGAGGGCGGCUCCUACUCGGCUGGCGCCGGCGUGCUUCUGCUGCCUGACGCGGCUGGCUGGAAGCACGCGCGCACACGACGGCUCGCUGACCGUCUCGCCGUCUUCUGCUCGUGCCUCGUCCUCGUUCCUGAUCUUCACCGCGGCGCAGCCGGCUGGGAGGGCCCCGCGGCGGGCACUGCCUUCGACGCGUGGCAGAGCGGGCUUCCACCCGCCCGCCUCGCGUCCGACGCUCGUGAGUGCGCCGUGCACAUGCGCGCCGACCUGCGUGUGGAGCGAAUGGGGCUGGUCGGGCUCGGGCUCGGCGGGCGGUACGCUCUCGCCGAGAUCUCGCGCGACGCCGCACUCCUCGCCUCGGCCGCCGUCGCCAUCUGCCCACCCGCCGUCGGCAUGGAUGGGCCGCUGGCGCCAAAGGCUUCGCUCGGCAGGAGGCGCGUGGCCGAGUUGCGCGAGUCGCUCGAGAAGCGCUCGCUGCCCACCGAGGGGCGCAAGGCGGAGCGGGGUGACGCGGCGGCGGAGUCGGACGAGUUGCAGGCGGGCGCCGACGACGCGUUGCUGAUGGUCGAGGGCUGGCUCAACGCCCAUCUGCACCGCGCCAAGGGCGCCGCCAGCGGCGAGCCGCCGAGGCCGCCGCCGCGAGACGCCACGGAGGCGGGCGUGCGAGCGCCGCGCCGGUCGGACGAGCUCAGGCGCGGAGCUGGAGCCGACAGCUAG